GCACAGUGGAGUAGAUGACUCUCUUUCUCUCUUCCUCUGUUUCACUUCACAUUAAAGAAGCCCAAAGUGAUGAACCAAUCAAAAUCCUUGUUGAUGUAAGAACCAAAUAAUACAAAAUAGUUAGAAAAAAGAAUAAAAAACCCUCUCAAAAGCAAAAGCAAGAGCCCAUCAAAGCACUGCUCUCUCUCUCUCUGCCCAUUCCUACUUUUUUUUUUUCCUUCACACACCACCAUAAACCAUUCACCAACAACAAUAUCUUCCACUGUUGUUUUUUCCUUUUUCUUAAUCUGUUUCUGGUGUUGUUUUGUAAAUCAAUUUCUGCCUUUUUUUUGUGUGUGUGUGUUUCAGAAAAAAGAAGAUAAAAACUGUGAUGGUGAAAAAGUGAAGCUAUGUUUUUUGGUUGAUCGAAUAACCCGAAAGACAGAAACUAUGUUUCAGAGGUUAGGGACGGUUUGGGUCUUCACCGAAAUGGAGACCGGUGAAACGGUUCCGUUAAAGGUGGUUCUUUGGAUUUAGACUGGGGAGAUCUCUGUUUUCCAGAGAGAGAGAUAGAGAAAAAAAGAAGAGGUACUUUGAAUCCUGAAAAAAGGUCAAGUGUUGAAACGUUUCUUUUGUGUGUCUUUAGGUCUUUUUAGCUUUAAAGGUGAUGUCUUGGUGUCUCAGAAUCGGAAGGCUGGCAGAUUCGAAUCGGUAACUCGCUCCAAGACCAUAGCUUUUUAUUUUUCUUGUUUGGCGGAAAGAAAUGGUCGAGGGAAUCAGAUCGGUUAUUUGGGAAAGGAAGCUCUGAUCUCGAAAGAUAUUACGAGAUUUUUCUCGGUGUUGGGGCUGUCCUCAAAGAGUGCCAAAAAAAGCAAGGUCCAAGGCUAAAUCUAUACCCAGUCAGGGUAUCGUUGUGCCUUGUCGGGUUCUGUCAUUCUCUUCUUUUCUCUUUCAUUUCUCUUUUGCACCAUCCUUAACAUUUCACAGUCAAGCAUUAAACAAUUCCAAAGUGUUAAGAUUUCACGCACUUAUGAAGAAAACCUAGUUAAGAGCAAAAGAAGGGGAAAAAAAAACUAGGUUCAAGGAAAAAAAUCGUUUUUUGCGGUUGCUUGCAGUUUAAGGAAAAAGGAAGUUACAAAGUUUGUGUGGUUUUAGGAAAGGGGGUGGCUUUUUUGGGGGUUUUUGGGCAACUGAAAAAUUUUGAGGGUGAAGCUUAAAAGAUGGCAAUGUCCUGCAAGGAUGGUAAACCUGGGAGCCUGGAUAAUGGGAAAUAUGUAAGGUACACGCCUGAGCAGGUUGAGGCCCUUGAAAGGCUUUAUCAUGAAUGCCCCAAGCCUAGUUCUAUUCGUCGUCAGCAACUGAUUAGGGAGUGCCCUAUUCUCUCCAACAUUGAACCUAAACAGAUCAAAGUUUGGUUCCAAAAUAGAAGAUGUAGAGAGAAACAGAGAAAAGAGGCAUCACGCCUUCAAGCUGUAAAUAGGAAGCUGACAGCAAUGAACAAGCUUUUGAUGGAGGAGAAUGAUAGGUUGCAAAAGCAGGUGUCACAGCUAGUUUAUGAAAACGGAUGCUUUCGCCAACAUACUCAGAAUGCUACACUUGCAACCAAAGAUCCUAGCUGUGAAUCGGCAGUGAUGAGUGGUCAACAACGUGAAACACAUCAGCAUCCUCCAAGAGAUGCUAGUCCUGCAGGGCUUUUGUCCAUUGCAGAAGAGACUUUAGCAGAGUUUCUUUCGAAGGCCACUGGAACUGCUGUAGAGUGGGUCCAAAUGCCUGGAAUGAAGCCUGGUCCGGAUUCCAUAGGAAUCAUUGCUAUUUCUCAUGGUUGCCCUGGAGUGGCAGCACGUGCCUGCGGCCUUGUGGGUCUUGAACCUACAAGAGUUGCGGAACUCCUCAAGGAUAGGCCUUCGUGGUUCCACGAUUGCCGAGCUGUGGAUGUUCUAAAUGUGCUGCCUACUGCCAAUGGUGGAACCAUUGAGCUGCUGUACAUGCAGCUCUAUGCGCCGACGACGUUGGCGCCUGCUCGUGACUUCUGGUUAUUGCGUUAUACUUCUGUUCUAGAAGAUGGAAGCCUCGUUGUCUGUGAGAGAUCUCUGAAGAAUACUCAAAAUGGCCCUAGCAUGCCUCCAGUGCAGCAUUUUGUGAGAGCAGAAAUGUUGCCAAGUGGAUACCUUAUUCGACCUUGUGAAGGGGGUGGUUCAAUCAUACAUAUUGUUGAUCAUAUGGAUUUGGAGCCAUGGAGUGUGCCUGAAGUGUUGCGCCCACUUUAUGAAUCAUCAACAGUGCUUGCUCAGAAGACAACGAUGGCAGCUUUACGACAACUGAGGCAGAUAGCUCAGGAGGUUUCUCAGUCUAAUGUGACUGGUUGGGGACGACGGCCAGCAGCUUUACGGGCUCUUAGCCAGAGGUUGAGCAGGGGUUUUAAUGAUGCUGUGAAUGGGUUCACUGAUGAGGGUUGGUCAAUGAUGGGAAAUGAUGGCAUGGAUGAUGUUACCAUCCUUGUGAACUCGUCUCCAGACAAGCUAAUGGGCCUCAAUCUUUCGUUUGCUAAUGGAUUUCCAUCUGUCAGCAAUGCAGUGUUAUGUGCUAAGGCCUCGAUGCUUUUACAGAAUGUACCUCCUGCUAUUCUUCUUCGUUUCCUGCGGGAGCACAGAUCAGAAUGGGCUGACAGCAGCAUCGACGCCUACUCCGCUGCAGUUGUUAAAGUUGGUCCCUGUAGCUUACGUGGAUCUCGAGUAGGAGGUUUUGGCAGUCAAGUUAUACUUCCCCUGGCUCAUACUGUCGAACAUGAAGAGUUCUUAGAGGUCAUUAAAUUGGAGGGAAUUGCACAAUCUCCUGAAGAUGCACUAAUGCCAAGAGAUGUUUUCCUCCUGCAACUAUGCAGUGGAAUGGAUGAAAAUGCUGUGGGCACCUGUGCCGAGCUUAUAUUUGCUCCGAUUGAUGCUUCUUUUGCUGAUGAUGCACCUCUUUUGCCUUCUGGUUUUCGUAUAAUUCCUCUCGAUUCUGGGAAGGAAGCCUCUAGUCCCAAUCGGACUCUUGACCUUGCUUCUGCUCUUGAGAUUGGGCCAGCUGGAAAUAAAGCAUCUAAUGAUUACUCUGCUGCUGGUGGCUGUAUGAGAUCUGUGAUGACCAUAGCAUUUGAGUUUGCAUUUGAGAGCCACCUGCAAGAACAUGUUGCGUCUAUGGCCCGACAAUAUGUGCGUAGCAUUAUAUCUUCAGUUCAGAGGGUGGCAUUGGCACUUUCUCCUUCAUAUUCAGGUUCACAUGCUGGUCUUCGCACCCCGUUAGGUACUCCUGAAGCACAGACUCUUGCUCGUUGGAUCUGCCAGAGUUAUAGGGUCUACAUGGGUGUAGAGUUGCUCAAAUCUGGCACUGAAGGGGGUGAAUCUGUCCUUAAGACCCUGUGGCAUCACUCCGAUGCUAUCAUGUGCUGUUCUCUCAAGGCUUUGCCGGUUUUUACGUUUGCAAAUCAGGCUGGCCUUGACAUGCUGGAGACGACCCUGGUUGCUCUGCAGGACUUGACUUUGGAAAAGAUAUUCGAUGAACACGGACGAAAGACUCUCUGCACGGAGUUCCCACAGAUAAUGCAGCAGGGUUUUGCUUGUCUACAAGGUGGGAUCUGUUUGUCAAGCAUGGGAAGACCCGUUUCAUAUGAGAGAGCAGUAGCUUGGAAAGUGUUGAACGAAGAAGAGAAUGCUCAUUGUAUCUGCUUUAUGUUUGUCAACUGGUCUUUUGUCUAAAACUCUCACCCCAAAAAGGGGAGACAAAUUAUCCUAUCAUGUUUUGUUGGCUUGAUGUUUAUCUAUCUGUAGUCCGUAAAACUUUUUAUGCUAAAUCUUCAUGUCUGUUAUUCCUCUAUACUUUUAAGACGACUGCUUAAUGUUAUGACAAUCUUAUGCUCCAAUCAGUUGAUUUUA